AUGAGAUUUAUUGCCUUGAUCCCUUUGCUAAAGGCCGCUGGCGCGGUGCAGAUGGUCCAUCUGGGCUGGGAAGCAGCAAAUGUCCCAGCCAGUGGGCUCCAAGAUGUUACGUUUCCCAUGGCGAUGCCAAAGGCGCCACACGAAUCAGGCUACUAUUUUGAGCAGGCCGUUUCAUUCCAAAAUGUUCCCAGCGGGUACCCCAACACCGUCAUCUAUACCGGCCUACAGCCCAGACCGGAUCAAAACGGGCAAAGCAUCGUGCAUGCCACCUACUCGAGCUUCUUCCCCAACAGCACGACGACAGACGCAAACUGUCACCCCGGUGCUGACAACGGGCCUGGCGUGUCCUGCGCGAUUGAUGUGCAAGCGAGCUACGACGACACGUAUCAUUUGCAGAUCAACGUCACCAAACAAACUUACAACGGCACACUUGUCAACCAAAGAACCAAGCAGGCUUGGCACAUGGGGUCCUUCGACUUGCCAGACGGUGUCAGCGGAAUGCAAGGAGGGUACUGGGUAGGGUUUGUAGAGUACUACUACACCGGACUUGGCGACUGCUCCAAAUACCCCUAUACAGCUGCAACUUUUGGCACUCCGUUGACUUCAGCAGCCGGAGUGGAGAUGAGCUUAACUGCUCCCUGGAAGGAUGGCAGCUGCGGGAGCGACAUGCCGUGGAGCGUAACUUCAACCGUUCCCGGAACAUACGAAAUCACUGUUGGGGAGCAACAGAGCAAGUAG